AUGUGGCCUAUAUUAAUAGCCAACAAAAUCCUCAAGAAGAGAUUGGGAAGCAGCAAUUUUGUCACAGAUUUUCCGAGCAAUAGUGCGGAAACCUUUCUGGAAAUUCCGAGCUCUGAGCAAUCAUCCAUAAGCCCUAAGACCAUCUUUAAUCAUCACAAGCAUGUGCACAAGGUAUUCGUUGGUACUUGGAACGUUGGCGGGGUUGCACCACAUGAUGAUUUGAAUAUAGUGGAUUUGAUCGAUUCAUGCAACACUUCCUGCGACAUUUAUGUUUUUGGGUUUCAAGAAAUCGUGCCUCUGAAAGCGUCUAAUGUAUUAGGAUCAGAGAAUAGUAAAAUAUCGAUGAAAUGGAAUUCCUUGAUUAGAGAAGCCCUCAACAAGAAAAUACGCUUCCGGGACAAAGAACAACAUGCAGAUGAUCAUGAUCUACAAGAAAUGCAAAGUCAAUGUCCUGUAGAAAAUAUUGGAAAGACAAUGGAAAGCAGCGUUCCACAAGACUUCCAGUGUAUCGUAAGUAAGCAAAUGGUUGGGAUACUUAUAUCAGUUUGGGUUCGAAGAAGUCUUCGUCCGUUCAUCCGGCAUCCAAGUGUCUCUUGUGUAGGCUGCGGCGUCAUGGGCUGCCUUGGGAACAAGGGUGCCGUGUCUGUUAGAUUUCGGCUACAUGAAACAAGCUUCUGCUUUGUAUGCAUUCAUCUCGCUUCAGGGGGUAGAGAAGGAGAUGAAAAGUAUAGAAACUCUAAUGUAGCUGAAAUAUUAUCUCGGACAAGCUUCCCUAGAGGCCCUUCACUUGAUUUGCCGCGAAAGAUUCUUGAUCAUGACAUGGUUAUCUUUCUUGGGGACUUGAAUUAUAGAAUUUCUCUACCAGAAGCAACAACAAGAUUAUUAGCAGAAAGAGAAGAAUGGAAUGCGUUAUUAGACAAUGAUCAGCUGAGGAUGGAGCUCAUGGAUGGCCAAGUAUUCCACGAUUGGCAUGAAGGAACGAUUAAAUUUGCUCCCACUUACAAAUAUUAUCCGAAUUCUGAUAUAUAUUAUGGAAGUCAUGAAGGCAAAAGGGGCGAAAAAAGACGUCCUCCUGCAUGGUGUGAUCGGAUAAUUUGGUAUGGAAACGGUUUAAAGCAGCACAUAUACACAAGGGGUGAUCAACUAAAGAUGUCUGAUCAUAGACCAGUCAUCGCAAUGUUUACUGCAGAAGUUGCGGUUUUGCGAAGUUUGAAAGGAUUCCACAGUUUCUUUCUAUCCGACAGGUUUGAACCAAUUACAAACCACUGUGUGGUUUCCUCAGCUGACGAUAUUUUAUGUGAACGCAGAUCAAGUUUCCAAAUGUAA